AUGGCCACCAUAUCGGCAGCGUGCUACCAGAGAGUCAUCUGCCACGGUGCCCUGUAUGUGGGCAAGGUCAACCUGGGCUGGUUGGCAACGGGACUGAUGCCAGCUGGCUUCAAUGGGGUGGUUGGAUUCAAGCCGACUCGUGGCUUGGUGUCGUUUGCGGGUGUCACCCCCAGGGGGCUUGCUGGUCGGUGGAUUCCACUGCCUUCGCCACCCGAUGAUGCGCGCCCCGUGUGGCACCUGAGGCUUGUGAAGGAUACGACGAAGAUGACCGAUACUCACGAGACACCUUCCCUCCUGAACGACACGUCAAUUCGCUGGGUGGUCAGCGUGACGCGUUCCGGUCCAGAUUUGGUAUUCCACCACCCCGGAGGCUCUCGAGGCCUGUUCGCCUACCUACCGCAAGUUGUUCGAGGAAGCUGUGCGACACUUGCACAGCCUGGGCGGGACGCUGUUACCAUUGACUGGACAUCGUUCCAUGUCGCCAGGAAGCUGUUGUGUCGGAGAAGCUGGCCAGUCUGCCAGACAAUUUCCUGGAGAAGAACAGCCGACACCUGCGCCCGGUCAUCGGGGAGCUAUUUGAUAUUUGCACAGGUCGUAGCACGUCAGAGCACGGCAGUCGAGCUGUUCCGAGAUCUGCGAACCAAGGCUACAAACCAAGGCUAA